UUAAAGGGACCGCGGCGAAAACGCGGAGCUUAAGGAUCUCCCACAGAAUUAGAUAACGUAAUUUGAAAACAUAAACACAAAUUUAAAAAAGGAUCAUCAUGGCCCACAGUUUCACCCAAGAAUAUCUACAGAUUCCUGCGGUCACCAGAGCCUAUACCACAGCGUGUGUUCUCACUACAGCUGCGGUGCAGUUGGAAUUUAUCACUCCUUUCCAGCUCUAUUUCAACCCCGAUCUGAUUAUCAAAAGAUACCAGAUAUGGCGCCUGAUAACCAACUUCCUCUUUUUUGGGCCACUGGGAUUCAGUUUCUUGUUCAACAUGAUUUUUCUAUACCGAUACUGUCGCAUGCUGGAGGAGGGCUCCUUCCGAGGUCGGACGGCAGACUUCGUCUUCAUGUUCCUGUUCGGGGGAGUGCUCAUGACCCUGUUUGGCCUCUUUGCCAAUUUGUUCUUCCUGGGCCAGGCGUUUACCAUCAUGUUGGUGUACGUGUGGAGUCGGCGAAACCCCUACGUUCGUAUGAACUUCUUCGGCCUGCUCAACUUCCAGGCUCCCUUCCUCCCUUGGGUGCUCAUGGGAUUCUCCCUGUUGCUGGGAAACUCCAUUGUCAUUGACCUCUUAGGCAUUGGUGUAGGGCACAUAUACUACUUUUUGGAAGACAUCUUCCCAAACCAGCCAGGAGGAAGGAAACUGCUAAUGACACCAGGACUAUUGAGAGCCAUCUUUGAUACCCCCCCGGAGGACCCAAAUUACUCCCCCCUCCCCGAAGAGCAGGUGGACGAGGCCUGGCGUGGGGUGAGGGGUGAGGGGGGGCACGGUCAGGACCAGGAUGAAAGAAAUGACCCCCAAAACCCUGACCCCCAAGACCCAAACGCCCAGCACCGGUAGGGUGGCCACACGCUGGAAAGCUCCAGAGAAUAAGGGACUUGAAAAGACUGUGGACUGUAAGCUUACACUGUGUACUGCAGGUGGCUUUAAUACCGAGUCCUCCCCGGACACCUCUGGCCUGGGGAAGUCGAAAGGAAACACAAGAUCUCUGUAAUCCUCAGAAGGCAGCGCUCAAUUUUUCCUAAUGUCAAGUGGCUUAUUUCCUGGUGUGUGAAACUCCAAAGGACUGACGGUUAACGAUCUGAAAUCGCUUUCUGUUCCGUAUCCCAUUUACUCAGAAGACGACGCCUACAACUGUAAUAUAACUGUAACAUGGGUGUGACUCUGGAUUAUUUAUGCUUUCUAAUGUCAGAUUCCUUAUAUGAUGGCUGGCCAUUAACAAUGUUUUUAGUGUGUGUGUGUGUGUGUGAGAAACAAUUUCAAUUGCUGUCAGACCAGUGGUAAUGUAUAACAAAGCCACAAUGGGGAAGCAAAAAAAAAACAUUUUCAUGCAGUUUUUAAUACUUUUGCAAUAUACAUUAAUCAGACCUUGGCUUUGAUACAUCACUUAUGGUAAUGAAGGACAGCUAAUAAAAUAUUCAUAAAAUAAACUGUUGAUAAUAUAUGCUCUUAAAACACAGCACAGUAAAGUCCUGUCCUUUCCCCACACAUGAAUGUUAAAUGGGGGGGAGGGCAAGCUAGAGAUGUAAAAUAUUAGCAAUAUUGAUAAAUCCAUGAGCGUAGCAUUGUGGAAACCAUUCAGUGCCUUGGUUUUGUCCCUAUGCAUGCUAUGUUUGUACACUUCUGUGAUUCCCAGCCCUGUUUUUUGGGGUGCGCUGGUUUCCUUUCCACCUGAUCCCUGAGCUGUUAAUUGAAUAUUCAUCAGGAUUUGACCUGAAUCUGCUGUUAGUUGAUUGUCACAGAUAUUGGUAUUGCAGUUGGAAAGGUGUUUAUUAUUCCAAGAGGCACAGAUGCAAAGGUGCUUACACAAGUUAUGUUUUCACUUGAGCCCCUUAAACAAAUUAGAUGAUAGACAACUAUUACUCUUUUGGGCAUUUGGUUGUUCAGUGGGGCCAAAAACAAUUUAAGCUUGAGUGAGUUGCUUCAAAAAAAAGUUUGAGGUAGUAAACUCACUUCAAACAGGAUGUUUAGUCCCC